AUGACAAGUACAGAAUUCGAAGAAACAACUACAACAGUUGAAACAAAUGAUGAAAAUGACGGUAAAUUAUAUGAUAAAAUUAUCGAACGGCUUGAACCAUUAUCAACAAUUAAAUUUGCUGCUUAUCGUGUAGCAUGUAAACUUCGUAUAUUACAAAAAUAUCUUAAAUUAACUUAUGUUGAUUAUAAUAUUCUUGUACGAGCAUUUAAUACUCAUCAAUUACAUUUUGGUGUUGAAACAUCAAUAAUAACAUAUGAAAAUGCUCGAAAAGUUUUAACAGCUAUUUAUCAACUUAUAUCAUCAUAUCAUUUUACUGAAUCAACUAUGGAUGAAAUAAUUGAUACAUUAUUAAGAUUUCUUUGUGAAAUUCUUCAUAUAAAAAUAGAUGAAGAUUUUGAUCUUAAUGCAUUUAAAAUAAUUCUAUUUGCAUUAUCAAAUGCAAAGUUACCUGAAAAAUAUCGAUGUUUUUUUCGACAAAUAACUUCACCCAAUGUAAUUGCAUCACAAGGAAGAUUAACUGAAUUAUUUGAAAUUUUAUUAAAAUUACCUAAUCAUUUUGAUCAUGUUGAUUCAUUUCAUCUGGAUAAUAUUCCAGGUUGUGUUCAAAGUUGUCUUGAUCAUACUCAUGAUGGCAUUAUUCGUGAAGAUAUAUUUGUUAAUUGGAUGGGUCGAGAACCACAAACAUUAGUAUGGUUACCAACUUUACAUCGAUUAAUUGCAACAGAAACAGUUCGGCAUGAAGCACAAUGUGACACUUGUAAGGCCUAUCCUGUUAUUGGCAUGCGAUAUCGAUGUCUUCGAUGUUUUAAUUAUGAUCUUUGUCAAACUUGUUUUUUUACGGGUGAUCAUGCUAAAAGACAUGAUGGAAAUCAUCCAAUUGAAGAAUAUUGUAAACAAGUAACACCAUUUGAAGAUUUAAAAGCAUUUUUGGAAUUUAUUAAACUUAAAGUUGGAAAACGUGAACUUCGAAGAAAAGAACGUUAUCUUACAAUUGAACGAUCAAAAUCAUUUUCUGAUACACCAGUCAAUUCAUCGAUAAAUAGUUCAAGUCAACUCAUGUCUAAUGGACAUCAUUCAUUAAAUCGUCAAGGACAAUCUACUAAAAAAGCUCAACUUCAAGAAAUCUAUCGAACGAUUCCGAAGAGUGAAUCAAAUGGAAAAUCAUCACCUAUCAAUACACAUGAAAAUAAUGAACAAAAAAUUCCAUUAAUUGGUUAUGAUAAUAUUGAACCCGAACAUGAAAAGCAAAAAAAAAUAUCAUUACCAUUAAAAACGAAGUUAACAGAUAAUGAACCUCUAUUAGAAAAAGAUCGAUCAUUAUCUCCAAUAAAACCUAAAAAAUCAAUAAUUCAAGAUAAUAAUUAUGUUAAUGUUAAACAAAAAAAAAAUUCUUCACCUAAACGAACACAACUACCUAAUGAUGAUGCACCAAUACUUAUGCCUAAACAACAUAUACCAAUAAAAAAAUCUUUAUUAAUGAAACAACAUACAGUUGAAUUAGUUCAUUCGGAACAUUAUCAAUUACCACCACAGGAACAAAUUGAUGACGAUGAUAAUUAUCAACCACCAUUACCACCAAAACAACGUCAUCAAAAUAAUACAUCUCGUGCAUUAGUUUAUGAUUUUAUUGGAAGUGAAUUACAAGAAUUACGUGUAGCACUUGCUCAAUUUGAUGGAAAUUCAUCAACUGCUUAA